UACCUUAGCCUGCCUUGUGUAGGGUUGUGGAGAUACCCCUGCCCUUCCUUACAUCCCUAUCAGCUAUAAUCUCUCUCAUGUCUAUUGGUACUUGAGCUGACAGAAACCCACCAAGUUCUCCUGGGAAGACACUUGGCUUAGAAAGAUCACAGUUGAGUUGAGGGAUUCAUGGGCCAUUUUAGUUUAGAUCAGAUAGCAAUCUAAGGGCUGUUCCAAUUCAAGAUUCUAGAAUUCCAUAAAAGGCCACCCAUUAGGGUACACUUAGAGAAACCCCUAAGCAAAUUCACUGGCUGCUAUUUCAACACUUUGUAUGACAGUGCUUUUCGCAAGCACCUUUGUUCCUAGAGUUUGAUCUGCACUGCUAUUAGGAUGCCUGCAUGCAAGAGGGAACCGGCCUUGAGUUUGUUUGUUUGUUUUUCGUUUUUAACUGGUCUGGCCUCAAUUAUUUUCUAGCAUUUGAGGUUUUGGGCAUUCUAAACUCAUAAUGACUCAUUUUAACUCAUGAUGAACCUUGUUCUCUUGAUAUGCAUUUUAGAAGACAAAUCUGACCUUGAAAACAGUGUGAUGCAGAAGAAAAUAAAAAUCCCCAAGCUUUCUCUUAAUCAUGUAGAAGAAGAUGGAGAGGUUAAAGAUUAUGGGGAAGAAGAUUUACAGCUUAGACACAUCAAGAGACCUGAGGGGCGGAAGCCGAGCGAAGUGGCGCACAAGAGCAUCGAGGCCGUGGUGGCUCGGCUAGAGAAGCAGAACGGCCUGAGCCUGGGCCAUAGCACGUGUCCGGAAGAGGUCUUCGUGGAGGCCUCGCCAGGCACAGAGGACAUGGACAGUCUAGAAGAUGCUGUGGUGCCCCGGGCUCUGUAUGAGGAGCUGCUGCGCAAUUACCAGCAGCAGCAGGAAGAGAUGCGCCACCUCCAGCAGGAGCUGGAGCGGACUCGCAGGCAGCUGGUACAACAGGCCAAGAAGCUCAAGGAGUACGGGGCACUUGUGUCUGAAAUGAAGGAGCUCCGUGACCUCAACCGGAGGCUCCAGGACGUGCUGCUCCUGCGGCUUGGCAGCGACAAUCUCCGGGAAGGGGCAGAGCAGAAGGUGGUAUUCAUCACAGGUCGAGUCCACCCAGGGGAAACACCGUCAUCAUUCGUGUGCCAAGGGAUCAUUGACUUCCUCGUAAGCCAGCACCCUAUUGCCCGUGUCCUCCGAGAAUACCUGGUCUUCAAGAUCGCACCAAUGCUCAAUCCUGAUGGAGUCUACCUGGGCAAUUACAGGUGUUCUCUGAUGGGGUUUGAUCUGAAUCGUCACUGGCUGGAUCCCUCUCCAUGGGUCCACCCUACCCUGCAUGGAGUGAAACAACUCAUCGUCCAGAUGUACAAUGACCCAAAAACAUUUUUUUAGUUUUAUAUUGACAUCCACGCCCACUCCACCAUGAUGAAUGGCUUCAUUUUUUUCAACAUCUUUGAGGAUGAGGAACGGUUUCAGAGGCAGGCCAUUUUUCCUUUUUUUCUCUGCCAGAAUGCUGAGGACUUCUCCUAUUCCAGCACAUCCUUUAACCGGGACGCUGUGAAAGCAGGAACUGGCCGUCGCUUCCUCGGUGGACUCCUGGACCACACUUCCUAUUGCUACACCCUAGAGGUCUCCUUCUACAGCUACAUCAUCAGUGGCACCACGGCUGCUGUGCCCUACACUGAAGAAGCCUAUAUGAAGCUGGGGCGGAACGUGGCAAGAACCUUUUUGGACUAUUAUCGGCUGAACCCCAUGGUUGAAAAGGUGGCAAUUCCCAUGCCGAGACUACGGAAAGAAAAAUCCCCUCCUUACAAGCACCCACUCCUGCGGGGCCCAGCCAGCAACUAUCCCAACGGCAAAGGGGACAAGAAGAGCUCAGUGAACCACAAAGACCCUUCAACCCCUUUUUAAAGACACGGAGUCCUGGGAGGUCUUAUGGGGACAGGAGCGUGCAUUUUCUGCUGGGGAAUGAAAUUAAUCACUCUUUUUUAGCUUCCGAGGAUUUGUGGAUUAAUGCAUAGGCUAGUGAAAGGGAAGGGAUACAAUGAGAAACUUCAUCAUUGAUUUUCCCUUUUUCCAAUGGAAAAUCAAUUGUAAGCCUUCAGCUCAAAAAGCUCAGGAACAAAAUAGGAGACUGGAACCAGGUGAGCACAGAUGCUAUUUUCUAUAACACAGAGAUCUUCCAAGAUGAGGAAAACCUACACAUCCCUUUUAAGAUACUUGACACAUAUCAGGUCAGUUCUUUCAAAGCCACUUUACAUUUUUAAGUUUUAUAGUUACUGCAGAUGGUUACCUUUUAAAUAGGCUUGAUUGUUUACAGAUUUAGAAAUGCAGUGUUUGUAUUUUCUGAUCCAAAACAACAGCAACAACACAUGCAACCCAAGGGCAAAUGCAUCCUAGGGAACAAUGGGACAGGAUUUUUGAAAUCACAGUGGACUUAAAUAUAUGGUCACUGUAUCUAAGCUGCAUGCUUCCUGAUUCCCUCAAACCCCAGCAUGCAGAUUUAGAAAACUGUGCUGAGAGCUAUUUCCCUAUUUCCUGGGUAGUUUAAUUAAAAUUUUAGCUCCAAAGACAAAAACGCACUGGUCCUUCAUUUUAAAAGGUUUAUUAUGGUUAGUCUCCAGAUCCCAGGAGACAGAGAUUAAGCGUGGCCCCUGAAGAUGUGGGCAUUGCUAAUCUACAAUGAGGAAAGUGUGAUUGCCAGGCAAGGAAGAUGCAAAAGACACAAGGAUGCACCCUGAGGCAGGGAGGAAUGAUAAAAUAAAAUGGUAGUAGCAAUUCCCAAGGUGUAGCAAGCUAAAUAUUGUGCAUUUUUUGUGAAGAGUAAAGUGCCUUUGUAUGAUGAAUGGGUCCAGGGGAGUCUGCUCCCUUCCUGUCUGUGGAAACAGCAGGCUGAGUCACCAUGACAGCCUGCUAAUUAAAAUGACCUCCCGGAAAUGAGGAUUAGAAGACGGGGAGAGGCAGGGAGGCUCCAGGGAGGAAAAGCCCUUAGCAUAAAGCUCCACUAAAGCAUUUUUUGUUUGUUUGUUUGUUUGGGUUGGAGAUUAUUGAAGUUUGCUACAAAAAUCAAAAGCAAAACUUGUUCUCCUUUGCAUGCUGGUUUUCAGAAAUAAUAACAAAGAGCCAUAUGUUGAUUGGCUACAAAUGUCAUGUUGUACAUACAGCCUCUCCCCUGGGUUCGUUUUGCCCAUAGGAACACAAAUAAAGUGUUUUGUGCAGCUCUUCUGUUCCUCUGAGCAUUCUUGGCACCUUUCCCUUUCGGUCUCCCACUGCUCAAGAACCAACAGGCAAACCCCCAAACUGGUAUAACCCUGACUUUGAGGUCAAGGACUUUGUUAUCAAAAUAAGGGACAACAGUCAAGUCUUGAUUUCCAGCAGUUCCCAUGUCAAAGUCCCGGGGAGUUUAAUUGACUGCAACCAGCUUGGCAUGCACCAAGAGUGUGUCAGUCUUUUGGAAAUGAUAGCAUUAUUUUAGAUAGCAUGAAAAGAGGCAGAGUGCAUAAAAUGAGAGAGACAAUAGUCUGGAUCCAUGUUUCCUUGGCCAGGUCACUUCCAUAAUGUUGUGAUCAUAUAUUGGCCCAUAUAUUUAAAACUACAUUGAUUAAUUGGAUCAUAGACUACACAAACAGCAGGUAUAAUGAUGAUUUAAGAGCAAAAACUUGGAUCCAGGUAACUUUGGCUCAUUCUGCAUUCAAACCCUACUUCUAUUUCUUUAAAACUGUGUGAUCUUAGGCAAGUUAUUUAACAUCUCUAGAUCUUAGUUUCCUCGCCUGAAAGAUGGUCAUAGUAAUACUUACCUUGCUAUAAUAGUUAUGAAAGUUUAAUGAACUUAGGUGUGGAAAAAGUAGGCAAAAAUCUUUAUGUGCUCACUAAAUGGUAGCUUUGAUCAUUUGGAAUAUGACUAGGAAAGUGAGGUGUCUGCAAAUCCUUCCCCAUUAGAAAGGAAUGGAGCAGUUUAUUGUUUAAAAUAAAAAAUAAGAGUGAGUGUGAAUAGGAAAGAAAGAUCACAGUCUCCAAAAAGUUAAAGGGACAUCAUUGGACAAAAGAAGCAAACUUGUUCCGUGUUGUCCAGAGGUAAUAACCAAAUCUGGGGAGUGAGUCUCAGUAAGAUAGAUUUCUUCUCAGGAUGAGGAAAACUUUUAGUGAAUUGAAUUGCCAACCACUGGAUGGGCUCCUUUGGAAGACCAUGAACUCCCCAUCACCACAGGAGUGUAAGAAGAGUCUGAACGACAUCUGUCUGGGAGGAAAUAGAGGGGACUCCCUUUCUAGGAGGAUGCUGGGUUGGAAGUUGGAUGCUCCAAAGCGUCGCCUCAUGUCAUUUCUCUGGACUGGGAUGACAUGGGACAGGAUGUUACAUUUCUGGAUGUCAGCAAAUGGAGUGUACAGUAUAGCACUUAAUGCUAGACACAGUGAUAUUAACUGUCUCUGAAUCAUAGCAUAUGGGCUCUGCUAAAAUUUCCCAUUC